UAGAAUGUAAAAUACCAUGACACAGUUCCACAGUACCAGUCUUUACAGGAUCUGAAUUUCCAUAAAACCUUGGAGCAAUGUUGCAGCCACAUUUAUUCCACAGUUUUACCAAAGGGGACAUUUAUUUGGAUGUUGUUUAUGAUGGGUGCUUUCAUGAGUGCAAUAUCCUACAAUGCUGUUCACAGAGUUCAGACCAGAGCGGCUUCAAGUAGAAGCGCCAAGUUUGGUUUCCUGUUUGACAUUGAUGGGGUGAUAGUUCGAGGAAAGAAGGUUUUGCCAUCAGCAAAGGAGACGUUUUCUAUAUUAACAGACAACAAUGGAGAGUUUCGAGUGCCAUGUCUGUUUGUCACAAAUGCUGGCAAUACUCUCCGACAAAACAAAGCGAAACAGCUUUCCGACUGGUUGAAUGUCAAGGUACAUGAGGACCAGGUUGUCAUGUCUCACAGCCCCCUGAAGAUGUUCCGCCAGUUCCAUGACAAGCAUGUCCUCGUGUCUGGCCAGGGCCCAGUGCAGGAGAUCGCUCGAGGUUUAGGUUUUACCCGCAUCACCACCGUGGAAACAUUACGCCACACCUUCACCAACCUGGACAUGGUCGACCACAAGCGCCGAAAAGCCGCACCCUGUGCUUUCGAGCAUUAUUUCCCAAAGAUUGAUGCUGUGAUAUUGUUUGGUGAGCCGGUGAGGUGGGAAACGAACCUGCAAAUCAUCAUUGAUGUGUUAUUGACCAAUGGUAAGCCUGGACACACUCAGAAGGAGACACUGUACCCUCACCUACCUGUCCUAGCCUGCAAUAUGGACCUCCUGUGGAUGGCCGAGGCGCCUAACCCUAGAUUUGGACAUGGAUGUUUCCUUCAUUGUCUAGAAAGUUUAUACCAGAAAAUCACAGGGCGUGAGUUGAAAUACACAGCUUUAGUUGGCAAGCCGAGCGAGAUAACAUAUCACCAUGCUGACUACCUUCUCAGCCAACAGUCACGCCUGUUGGGGCUUGAUGGAAUCAGCACUAUAUACUGUAUAGGUGACAACCCGGAGACUGAUAUAUACGGAGCAAAUCUCUACAACCGCUACCUCAGAAAGAGACUCAAGUCUAAACAGAAGCGUCUGUCAGCCCAGGCCGUGGUCAAGCAGGCCGUUGCCCAUGCCAGUGGCCAACAGGUGUCGGACAUGGACGACGAUGAUGAGGACUCCUCCGAAGAGUUGGAGAUGUUAGAAUCUCAGUCAGAAGGAGAAGAGUUUGUUGAUAAUUUCGCCAAGUCGUGUGAAAGCAUCCUGGUAUGUACCGGUGUGUACUGCACCGAGAGAGACUUUGUGACGUACGGGGGCAAGAGGUCAUCCAAUCAUAAUCAUAGAGAUUUUGUAAUAGACCCGGACCUCAAACGGCCAUGCCACGUAACGCAGAAUGUACUGGAGGCAGUCCAAAUGGUGUUUGAGAAAGAGGAGUUCAAUUGAUGAUGGCUCGAAUGAUUAGGCAAGUUAGUCUGUUGGUUGUUCGAAUGUAGACCCAGCAAUUGUGUGUACCGGUCACUUGGCUGGUGAUUUGGAGGGAAACUUUGUAGAAGCUCAAAUGUUAUAUUAUUCAUAGAGACAGAAUCAGACAGAAGUUCAAAUGUUUAUUAAUUUAUUAUUGACAGUGACAGAUUGUUCCAUCAAAAUUAUGUUUAGUCAUGCAAAACUCUAUCUGUAUUUUAGAGGGCUUCAUCAAGCACUAUCUAAAGACUUCCAUACCUCAAAUGCUCAUUUUUGCCUUAAGUGAAACUCAAGUGGUAACUAUUCCAACAUUCUUCCUCAUUCACAAAUAUAUUGUAGGUAUAUGAAAACAAAUUAUAUUUAUGUUGGACCUAAUAUCUAAAAAAACCCAGUAUGAUUGCAUUGUUUCAUGUGAGACAGAAGAGAAAUAAUCUUGUAGUAAGUCUUCUGAAUGAGAUUCCUUUGGAAUCACUAGUCAGAAAUUACCUGUGAAACAUUGAUAGUCUGCAUGCUGCUGUCCUCUCCGAAUGUGUUUGUAUUAGUAAACAUUGGGAUCAGUUCAUCCUU